UAUUGUGUAUAUUAUCAAACAAACAAGGAAAAUAGACCACUUAAAGUAUGAUGAAAAAUAUACAUUUCUAUGAUUGAACGUAAGCUCGAAGAGUUUCACGAACGCUCCACUUCAGAUCGCACGGCCAGCUCGGCCUACAGGUGUGUGCGGGGAAACUCAGCUGAGAGAGAAAAUUGAAACAAAUGCAGGUGCUCUUGGGUACCUGGGCCUGGCUUCUUAAGGCAGUCGGCCAGGCCAAUAAUGGCCCCAGGCUGAGCCACGUGGGGCACAGCGGAGCCUAUUGCGCUGCGGCCGGCCCGCCUGUCCCCGCCGGUGGCGGGUCCCCUUGCGGAGCGGAGCCGAGCUGUCAAAGCUAGCGGGGGUGGCGCCGGGAGCGGGAGGGCCACACAGCUCCGACUCCCCGGCUCCGGCUUCCAAGCCCGGGCAGCAGCCAUGAACGGCGAGGAGCAGUACUACGCAGCUACGCAGCUCUACAAGGACCCAUGCGCCUACCAGCGGGGCCCCGCGCCGGAGUUCAGCGCCAGUCCCCCCGCGUGUCUGUACAUGGGCCGCCAGCCCCCGCCGCCGCCGCCCCCGUUCCCGGCGACCCUGGGCGCGCUGGAGCAGGGCAGCCCCCCGGACAUCUCCCCGUACGAGGUGCCCGCCCUCGCCGACGACACCGCGGUGGCGCACGUCCACCACCACCUCCCAGCUCAGCUCGCGCUCCCCCACCCUCCGGCCGGGCCCUUCCCGGAUGGAGCCGAGCCAGGCGCCCUGGAGGAGCCCGGCCGCGUCCAGCUGCCUUUCCCGUGGAUGAAGUCUACCAAGGCUCACGCGUGGAAAGGCCACUGGGCAGGCGGCGCCUAUGUUGCAGAGCCAGAGGAAAACAAACGGACACGCACUGCCUACACUCGCGCGCAGCUGCUGGAGCUGGAGAAGGAGUUCCUGUUCAACAAAUACAUCUCGAGGCCGCGCAGGGUGGAGCUGGCCGUCAUGCUGAACUUGACCGAGAGACACAUCAAGAUCUGGUUCCAAAACCGCCGCAUGAAAUGGAAAAAGGAGGAGGACAAGAAGCGCAGCUGCGGGACAGUGGCCGGGGGUGGCGCGGAUGCGGAACCCGAGCAAGACUGCGCCGUGACCUCGGGCGAAGAGCUGCUGGCGCUGCCGCCACCGCUGCCCCCCGGUGGUGCUGUGCCGCCGGCCGUCCCCGCCGCCGCCCGAGAAGGCCGCCUGCCACCUGGCCUUAGCGCGUCGCCGCAGCCCUCCAGUGUCGCGCCCCUGCGGCCACAGGAACCCCGGUGAGAGACGGGGGCUCCUCCUUGCCAGGAGGCUUUGACCGCUGGUAAAGAAGGGGGGAGGGUAGCAGGAGUAGGACCCUGGGUGUGGACAACCAGCCCUGGCCGUUCAAAGGGGGGAGGCCACCCCAGACAGAAGGGGAGAACUCGCGUUCUCGGGUGCCUGUGCCAAUCGGGGCACCUUGGGGAGAUGCCGGCAGACCUUCUGGAAAGAGAAGAGAGGUUUUCUGUAAUAUCUGGGGCCUCUUCGGGUGAUAUUGUCGGAUUGGCGACACCUGCCGCUGCUGUGCAGCUCCUAGCACUCCAGAACCGUGGACCUCUUUAGAGAAACCGGCUCAAGAAAAACCACAACAGAAACUACAAGUUGGAAUGCGCCCCCAACACACCGCAGGCAAGCUGGAGUGCCUUAAUCUGCCCUAAAACAGCCCGUUUUACUUGGGCUUCUGCCUUAAUGCUUAGAAAUGACGGAGAGGAAACCUCCAAGGCUUCAAAGACCUAGUGAAAUUGAUGCCCAUGGAUUAGAAUAAUCCUCCCGCCUCUUCCUCCUCCCCAACUUCCUCUUACUUUUUAAAAAUCCUUUGAGUAUAGCCACAUACCUCACCAGCUCCUAUCCUUCAAUCCGCAUCUCUUUCCUCCAAAGAAGAGAACAGAACAUCUUGCAAGGAUGGCUGGGCAACAGCGGGGCUGGGGCAGAAGGGUGCCAGACUCCCUGCACGUCCAGUCUGUCCAAUGCUUGGAGAGAAGACAGGUGGAGGUGGGCCCAGAGCAAGGGACUGGGGGAGAAAGAUGGCCCCCGAGCCUUCACUAAACUGAAGAUAUUUGGAGCUAAAUCUAUGUGGAUUUGCUUCCCAGUCUCAGGGCAAGGGAGGCUAAUCCGAAAGGCAAGCAGUGUGGCCCGGCCCACCUUGGAAACUAUUUGCAGAGACCCUUGAUUUCCACAUCUUUAGAAAUGAUGAAAACGUAUGUGGUUGGGGAGUUUGCAAACUGAUUAUUUUUAUUUAAAGUUUUAAGGUUGCCUAACAGGUCAGCUGCUUGCUUCAGGGUCUGGGCCCCGUGGUCAGGUGGUGUUUGUGGAAAAGGAUUAAUAAAUACAGAUCACAUGGAAAAGA